UCCUUCAUUUUUUUUCUUCUAACUAUCCCUAAAGCAACUUCACUUGCUCUCUCCUACUUCUUUCUUAGCAACUUUCCCCCUUCAUAAAUCCAUUUAUAUGCUCACACACACACAUAUUUCACAAAAUUAAUUACCAAUUUUGUCAUCAUUGAAGUUUCACAAAAUGGAGAAAGUUAAAAGUAUGGAGAAAAAGAAAUUGAUUAAUGAGUUAACACAAGGGAAGGAAUUUGUAAACCAAUUGAAAAAUCAGAUAAUUGGUCCAUUAGCUUCUCCUGAGGAAUGUGAUUUACUAAUUGGGAAAAUAUUGUCUACACUUGAAAAAUCAUUAUCAAUUCUCAAUUUGAAGGCUCUUCUUCUUGAAGGUGGAAUUAAUAAUAUUAACAAUUCUACAUCUUCAUGUUCAUCGAUUUCAUUUCUUGGUAGUAGUAAUAAUAAUAUUAGUCCCAAGAGUGAAGUUUUUGAUUCUUCAAGGGAAAAAUUGGACAAAAAUAUGGUCUCCAAGAAAAGAAAGAAAACACAACAAUGGAUUAAUCAAACAAGCAUUUCUGUAAAUGGGCUUGAAGGUCCAUGUGAAGAUGGAUUUAGUUGGAGAAAAUAUGGCCAAAAAGAUAUUUUAGGGGCUAGUCAUCCAAGGGCUUAUUAUAGGUGUACUCAUAGGAACACACAGGGGUGUUUGGCUACAAAACAAGUCCAAAAAUCAGAUGCAAAUUCAACAAUUUUUGAAGUGACAUAUAAAGGAAGGCACAGUUGCAAAGUUGCACAAUCUGAAAUAUUUUCACUUAAUAACCAAAAACGCCAGAAAUGCAACAAAAAACAACAAGAAGAAAUGGUAAUAUUCAACUCUGCAACACCAAACCAUAACGCUGAAAACUUUAACAUUAUAACAGCAAAAGAUGAAGAGGUUUUCACGGCGUUCCCAUUCCCUCCUGCACCACUACACAUCGAAAAUAUUAUCGAAGAAAAUAAAUUCUUUCCAGAUUCGUCAGAGUUACCAUUAUACUUGGCGUCCCCAAAUGAUGAAUUUGGAAUGGAACACAUGAUUCUACAGAGCUCAGAUUCAGAUCUUACUGAAUUGAUAUCAACUCCGACUUCGAUUUCAAAUUCCUCAUUUGGUGGAGAAGGGGUGGAUUAUGAACCUGAAAUCACAUUUGACAUUGAAGAAUUCUUCAUUUAAUUUGAAAUUUAGAGAAUUCAUUGCAAGUUUGUAAUAGCAGGAAGUAAGUUUUGUGCAAUAAUUUUUGUUGUUAUUUUUAGCCUAAUUGAUCCUAAGCUAAAGUCAAUUGACUGAUGUUUAAGAGAAAUAGUUGUAGUAAAAUUGUAACGUCGAUGAAUUCAUGUUUGUAAUUACAAGCUUUCGCUAUUGAAAUUCAAGUUGCAUUUCAAUU